AUGGCUGAUAAUUCAGAUAGAGAAAGCGCUGUUGAGUUUGAAGAAGAUGACAUUGAAGAUGACACUCCACUAGAGAAAAGGAAGAAAAUAUUCUCAAAAGAAUUGCGCUGUAUGAUGUAUGGCUUUGGCGAUGAUCAGAAUCCAUACACAGAAUCGGUGGAUCUCCUCGAGGACCUUGUCACGGAGUACAUUACUGAAAUGACCAAGAAAGCCAUGGAGAUCGGAAAAUCUGGAAGAAUUAUUGUCGAAGACAUCAUCUUCCUGAUUCGCAAGGAUCCUAAAAAGUACUCUAGGGUCAAAGAACUCUUGCUCAUGAGUGAGGAACUUCGCAAGGCACGAAAAGCCUUUGAUGAAAUCAAAUAUGCCACAACUAAAUAG